AUGUCGACUUGGUUUCUCUUGUUGAGCACCAUUGCUCAUUGUAUCCUCUGCGCCGUCUUCGCCUUCGAGCCAAGUCCGUUACAAGAUUUUUGUGUCGCUGAUUCCACAAGCUCGGCAAGAGUGAAUGGGCAAGCAUGCAAGAGCCCAUCAUCAGUUGGAGCUGCGGACUUCUCCUUCAGUGGACUCCACAUUCCCGGAAACACCUCAAACCUUAACGGCUCGAGAGUGACCCCAGUCAGUGUGGCCCAAUUGCCUGGGCUCAACACCCUUGGCAUCUCCAUGGUGCGUAUUGACUAUGCACCGUGGGGAAUAAACCCUCCCCACACUCACCCAAGAGCUACCGAGAUCUUGACUGUCAUUGAGGGUUCGCUUCAAGUAGGGUUUGUGACCUCGAAUCCCGAGAAUAGGCUCAUCACGAAGACCCUACAGAAAUGGGAUGUUUUUGUUUUUCCGAUUGGACUGAUUCACUUCCAGCGUAAUGUGGGGACUACAAAUGCAGUUGCCAUAGCUGCAUUGAGCAGCCAGAACCCCGGGGUGGUCACCAUUGCUAAUGCGGUUUUCGGGUCCAAGCCUGACAUUAGUAGCGAUAUUCUCACCAAGGCCUUCCAGAUUGAGCCUAGCCUUAUGCACAACUUGCAAGCUAAAUUUUAG